AUGCCACCUGCUACGAGUAAGCCUGUAAAGCUGGCAUGCCUGGCUUGCCGUGCCGCGAAAAUCCGCUGUGAUGGGCAGAUGCCUUGUGCCAGUUGCUCCGUCCACCAUGAAGAAUGCAGAUAUCAACCAAGUCGACGAGGUGGUGCUCGACGAGGCCCUGUAGCCGCCGCGGAGCUGGCUAAGAAAAGAGCUCGCCGGAUGGCUGAAAAGUCUUUGAGCAAUACCCAGAAUCUAGAUCCUGAUAUGCGUUGUGGAAGCUACGGCCAUGGUAUCAGCACCAGUGAGCCUGUUCUCCUACCACAUGCUUUACUUUCCCCAACGGAAUCGACCCCACAGCGAUCUAGUACGUCUCUUGAGCAUCGCAGCACAGAACUUUCUUCUCCUUUGGGCGUGAUUGGAGAUGUGGAGGAUGUGUUGAGCACAUUAGAGGAUCCCAAGUGGAGUAUCAGAGCCUAUCGAUGUGAUCAAGAUCUUAUCAACGCAUACUACAUAUUCAUUCACCCUUAUCUCCCCUUUCUACCCCCUCCAGCGACAGCUCAGUAUGAGGAUAAAUGCGUUACCAUCGGCACGGGUUCGUUCCUCGCAAAUCCAUCAGCGAUGCCCUACUGGCCAACCUCACCACUGGGUCUUGUUCUUGCGGGGAUACUAGCUCUCCUGCCUCCUCCUGGAGAGCUCCAUCCACCACAGCACGAGUCAAUCGUGAUUCGACGUUCUUAUGCAGACCUAUUUGCACGGUCAGCGUUGGAGACCCUGGAGGAUUCUCUCGAAUCAUUCCCCCAGGAGGAUCUGGCCAAGGGUCCAAGAAGCACAUUGCAUCCUGCCAUUCCCAAAAAGCUAGAACCAGUCCUCGCACUAGGCCUUCUUAGUUUGUUUGAAUGCUGCCAACACGGGAAUAUUUCAAAAAUGCGAAUCCGUGCAAACCAGGCUCUUACAAUCGCGAUGGACUUAUUGUUGUACGAAGAAAAUUCUCAGACGGGGUGUUUGGAUGCGCAGCGCCGGUGCUGGUGGUCGACGAUGUUUCUCAUUUACCAGUCAUCCAUAAUGAAUUCCUCGCCCCCGAUCAUUACCAUCAACGAUCCUCGAAUUACAACUAUAUUUCCGGAGUUCCGGGGAUGCCGUGAGCCGUGGCCACUUCUAGUUCAUGCGCAGGAAGCCCUUCUGCGCAGCUGUGAGAUUGGACGUCACCUCACCAGGGAGGGACGUGGUGCAACUCUAUCCCACUCCAUCAGGGAUAAUGUCAAGAGCCUGGAUUCCUUCAUCCUCGAGCUUGCGGCCGAAGUAGACCGGUUCCGCUGCGUGACUAAUUAUCAAGGUGCCGAAGCCGAUGCCUCACGCAAUCUUUGGGCCAUAUCAAAUGCCAUUGUGCACACAGCCAGGCUCACUCUUCACCGAGUUCGUGCCUUUUCAGAUCGCCCUAUUUUUAUUCACGAUUACUAUGACUAUCUUGCAAUAGCUUCCAAGCAGUCCUCUGGGGAUGCACAAAAUUUCCAUCUCUCCCCUGGACGGAUCGCUGAAAUCAACACUCUAUUCCCUUUCACCGACCAGGAGUCUGUCAAAAUAUGCUUUCAUUCCUGCCUCGUUGUUUCGCGAGUCUUUCGCCGUCUUCCAUCCCCAAACCCAAUGUAUUCCGACACCAUUGAAGCGGAGGAUACUGUGCCUUGGGCGUCAAGACGAUCUCUAGGAUCCCCGCGCUCUAUACCAUACAUGGCUUGCGCUGAGCUGCAGAGUUUCUGCAUAAUGGCGAUGAUUUUGUGGAAAGUGCGAACAGCGGUCUGCUCGGGCAACCUGGCCAGCUACGUGUAUCUGCUUGACCGCCCAAGUUGUUCGACUCAGGUGCAAGACGCGGAGCGGCUGAUUGAGGAGCUGCAAUCUGGGAUGGAGGCUUUGGCGCGAUCUAUUCAGGCGGACACGGUGUUUGGGGGGCUGUCCGGGAUGGCUAAAGAGGUAGAAAGGACUUAUAAGAGCACUAUGAUGGAUUGA